AUGAUGAUCUGUGCCUCUCCCAAAUGUGGCAAGGAAACUGAUUCUCAGUUGAAGUGUCCUGUAUGCUUAAAGGAGGGAAUCACCAAUGCCUUUUGUAAUCAGAAUUGUUUUAGAGGUUCAUGGGCUUUACAUAAAGGUAUCCAUAAGGAUGACCUGAACGAAGUAUAUAACCCCUUUACUGAUUUCAAGUUCACUGGGGACUUGAGACCUCAUUAUCCUUUAUCUCCUAGAAGAGCUGUUCCCAAACACAUCAAGUUGCCUGAUUAUUCAUUGGAUGGAAGACCCGUGAGUGAAAUCAAGAACGAUAGAUUAGGUAAAAUCACCGUGUUGUCAGCUAAAGAUCAAGAAAAGAUCCGCAAAGUAGCUAAAGUAUCAAGGGAAGUGUUGGAUAUUACUGCUAGUCACAUCAAACCAGGUAUUACCACCGAUGAAUUAGAUGCCAUUUUACAUAAGGAAUGUAUUAAGAGGAAUGCUUAUCCUUCACCUUUAAAUUACUAUAACUUCCCCAAAUCGGUGUGUACCUCUAUUAAUGAAGUCAUUUGUCACGGUAUUCCAGAUCAAACGGUGUUACAAGAUGGUGAUAUUCUUAACUUGGAUGUUACUAUUUACUACUUGGGUUUCCAUUCCGAUUUGAAUGAAACCUACUACGUGGGUGACAAGGCUAAGGCUGAUCCAGAUACUGUUCGAUUGGUUGAAACAACUAGAGAAUCACUCGAUUUGGCCAUUGCUGCAGUUAAACCAGGUCUUCCUAUCCGUAAUUUGGGUGCCAUCAUCGAAGAACAUGCAUCAAAGAAUAACUGUUCAGUAGUGAGAACUUAUUGCGGUCAUGGUAUCAACCAAUUAUUCCAUUGUCAACCAAAUGUUCCACAUUACGCAAAGAAUAAGGCUAUCGGUGUGGCUAAACCAGGAAUGGUAUUCACCAUUGAACCCAUGUUAUGUCUAGGAACAUACCAAGAUACAAACUGGCCUGAUAACUGGACAGCUGUCACUCAAGAUGGUAAGAGAUCUGCUCAAUUUGAGCAUAUGCUUUUGGUCACUGAAGAUGGCUGCGAAGUAUUGACAGCAAGAACAGAGACAUCUCCAGGUGGUGCCAUUCCUAGAAUCUGA